GAAGUCCAACACAGCGAAGAGAACACAUCGCUUCUCUCUCUUUGUAUUGGUUUAAAGCGGCCCGGUUCUGUUGGAUCUGUUCGGAGCAGCUUUUUGUUGUCUUUCACGGAGGAGUGGACACAUGUUCCUGCACGGAGCCACGCCACACCUCCUCGCGCGCACUGCAGCUGGCAGCAGGCUCGUGUAACUGUCAGCUCGCUUCAGGUGGCCUUGAGCACCAAGAGCAACACAUCUCUGAGAAGGCGAGAAGACCAGAGAAGAGUUAAAGGAGUUUUUUUUUGUUUUGUUUUCUUUGCCCUCGCCAAGAGCUGGUUUUCUCACCCUGCCUCUCCAUCGCUCGUCCCAUCUGUUCGAGCACGUAUGCCAAGGCUGUUUCAUAACAAGGAGUUCAUCUGUUGUCUGUGCGACUUUGAGUGACACUUCUUCUCCACAAAAUCCAAAACAACGCUUCAGCUUUUAGAUAUUUGUGAGGCUUUAAAACAUACAUCCAAAUAGGAGGGAUCGCUACUCGAAACUCCUAAAACAAGAAUUCACUUUUCUUUUCUUUCUACCUGCAACCAUGGUGCACAUGUGCUUACACAGUAGUCCCACUUAACUUUGAGUUGCUCCAGUCGAGCUGUCCAGCCGUUCUACUUUAUUAUGAGUUAUGACAGCUCCACGUCUACGCCCAGCAGCAGCACUCGGGUGCGAGAGGCCGGGGUUAGCRAGAAGGAGGAUCUGCAGGCAGAGUCGCUGCAGAUAAACGCACAAGUGUCCAUCUGCGAGCAGUCCGAUGUCGGCAGUCAGGAGCAGGAGAAUGCAGCCGGAGGGGGGUCGUCGUCGCCCACAACGGGGUCGGGAUCCGGAAGUCUGUCCGGAGACCAAAGGGGGUCGAACUCGGACGACAUGGACGGACUGUCCAGCGGGAACGACUCUGGGGAGAGGGACAGCGAGGGCAGGACGGCAAGGGGGGGCACGUCCCGUGGACACCAGUCCACGCUCAGCUCCCACAGUCACAGCUCUUCAAACGGGAAGGACUCCGGCAUGAUGCUGGAAACCACAGAGAGCCACAAGAGCUCCAACUUCCAGAGUCUGUCGCCCCCCAACAGCUCCCUGGCUUACAGCCUGCUGUCCAACAGCUCGGAGCACGACCCCCCUUCCACCUCCGGCUGCAGCAGCAACCAGUCGGCGAGGCUCCAGACCCAGAAAGAGCUAAUGAAGGCCAUCAAGGAGCUGAAGCUCCGCCUCCCACCUGAGCGCAAAGCCAAGGGGCACUCCAGCACCCUGAGCGCGCUCAAAUACGCUCUUCAGUGCGUCCGACAGGUCCGAGCCAACAGGGASUACUACCACCAGUGGAGUGUGGAGGAGUGUCACGGCUGCAGUCUGGACCUGUCUACCUUCACCAUCGAGGAGCUCGACAACAUCACAUCAGAGUACACGCUCAAAAACACGGACACGUUCUCCAUGGCCGUGUCGUUCUUGUCGGGGAAGGUGGUGUACGUCUCGCCCCAGUGCUCGUCUCUGCUGCGCUGUAAGCCCGAGUGUCUCCAGGGGAUAAUGUUCUCCGAGCUUCUGGCUCCGCAGGACGUCAGCACCUUCUACAGCGGCACAGCCCCCUGCCGCCUGCCCUCCUGGGCCUCCUGCAUCGGCUCAGCCUCUCCUCCUGUUGACUGCACCCAGGAGAAGUCCAUGUUCUGUCGGAUCAGCGCCGACCGGGCGCAGGGCGGCGAAAUGCGUUACUACCCUUUUCGCCUCACGCCCUACCAGCUCACCCUGAGAGACUCUGACGCCGCUGAGCCGCAGCCCUGCUGCCUUCUCAUCGCAGAGAAAGUUCACUCUGGAUACGAAGCUCCUCGGAUCCCUCCAGACAAGAGGAUCUUCACCACUAGUCACACCCCCAGCUGCCUCUUUCAGGACGUUGAUGAGAGGGCAGUGCCUCUGCUGGGCCACCUGCCCCAGGACUUGGUGGGAACCCCCAUCCUGCUCUACAUCCACCCCGAGGACCGGCCCACGAUGGUGGCUAUUCAUGAGAAGAUCUUUCAGUUUGCAGGGCAGCCGUUUGACUACUCACCACUGCGGAUGUGCGCCCGCAGCGGAGAAUAUCUGACCAUCGACACCAGCUGGUCGUCCUUCGUCAACCCCUGGAGCAGAAAGGUGGCGUUCGUCGUUGGCCGUCACAAAGUCCGAACGAGCCCCCUGAAUGAAGAUGUCUUCACGCCACCGAUGGGCUGCGAGAGCCGGGUGACCACUCCCGACAUCGUCCAGCUGAGCGAGCGGAUCCACCGGCUCCUGGUGCAGCCGGUGCACAGCGGCAGCUCUCAGGGCUACAGCUCGCUGGGCUCCAGCGGCUCGCGGGGCUCCCGACACUCCCACCAGCAGCACCUCAGUGCCUCGGCCGCCUCCUCCAGUGACAGCAACGGCCCCGCCGUGGACAAAGUCGCCGUCGCCACCGUCUCUUCACACAAACCUAUGACGUUCCAACAAAUCUGCAAAGACGUUCACACGGUGAAGACCAAUGGCCAGCAAGUUUUUAUCGAGUCUCGCAACCGCCCACCACCUAGAAAAACCACCAACACAGGCGCAGCGGGAAUCCGAGCCCUCGACAGCGAUCCAAUCAGAAGUCUGAUAGCAGACAUGACACAGCCACCUAAAGCUCUGGUUCCUGCACCUCUUGUGCAGAAGGAGCCGUCUACCGGCUACUCCUACCAGCAGAUCAACUGCCUGGACAGCAUCAUCAGAUAUUUGGAGAGCUGUAACAUUCCCACUACAGUCAAAAGAAAGUGUGGCUCCUCCUCCUGCACCGCCUCCUCCACGUCUGAUGACGACAAACAGCCCGACGUCAGMGGAAACGGCAAAGGUGGUUCAGUUAACCUCGUAGGUGAACCACCUCCUCUGCCGCCUCUGACCAUGGCCUCCAAGGCAGAGAGUGUAGCCUCAGUUACGUCUCAGUGUAGCUUCAGCAGCACCAUCGUCCAUGUAGGAGACAAGAAGCCUCCCGAGUCAGACAUCAUCAUGGAAGACGCUCCAACUACUCCAACCCUGGCCCCUCCCCCGACCACAACACCAGCCCCUCCCGCCGCCACUCUGAGGCCUCUCACGUGUGUUUCAGAGCUGUCCGCCAGCAUCACCCCGUCAACCCUUCCUCCUCCUCCUCCACCACCACCCCCACCUCCUCCUCCUCAGCCUCAGGCCAGUCAGCYGGAGAGAGAGAGCUGGAGAAGCGGAGGAGGGGGAGGAUCCGGCCGGUUUGGACUGACCAAGGAGGUGCUGUCGGCCCACACCCAGCAGGAGGAGCAGGCGUUCCUCGACCGCUUCAAGGACCUCAGCAAGCUGCGCGUCUUCGAUCAAACAGCGUCUUCCACCGUGCGCUGCCACACCACUCCAGCUGCUCUGUCCCGAGGUAGGGUUCGCUGUUCUCGGGAUUACCCCGCAGCAGGAGGCAGCACCGGUCACAGGCGGGGCCGCGGUGGAAAGAGAAUCAAGCACCAGGAGUCGUCGGACCAGCACAGCUCUUUAGGAAUGAGCGUGAAUCGUCAGGACCCCCGAGUCAACGCGGUCCCGGUGACCCUGAGCGGACCACUCGGGGCACCGACAAACUCCUCUUCCUGGCCCUCUGUGGGCUCCCAGGUCAGCAUUCCCUCCGCCCCCUUCGCCCCUGGCAUGCUUCCAAUCUACCCCGUCUACCCGCCGCUCGCACAGCCCCUCCCCCUCCCCCUGCCCAUCCCCGUCCACGACCCGACACGUUUCCCCCCGGCCCAGAUGGUGCCGCCCAUGAUGGCCCUCGUUCUGCCCAACUACAUGUUCCCCCAAAUGGGGGCGCCCAUCGCCCCGCCCGGACAGUUCUACAACCCCAACUUCAGUUACCCCGGCGUCGCCCCGGCCCCCAUCCCCCCCGUCUCCAACCCGGUGCCCGUCCCGUGUCCCUGCGCCCCGUCYCGCAGCAGCACGCCGCAGUCCUUCACUCAGACGCCCGCCGACCGCGACGGCGCCGAGUCCCCCCUCUUCCAUUCCCGCUGCUCCUCGCCCCUCAACCUGCUGCAGCUGGAGGAGUCGCCAAGCAACCGCCUAGAAGUCGCCACGGCACUGGUGACAUCACAACAGACCCCGCCUUCUGCGCAGGGCGGGGCCACUGGGGGCCAAAACUCAGCCAAUCAGAGGAGCUCUGAUGAUACUUCCAAGGAAACGGAGAAYGCUGAAGCGAUCGAGUCCAACCAGGACGCCAUGUCCACCUCCAGCGACCUGCUGGACCUGCUGCUGCAGGAAGACUCCCGCUCAGGCACCGGCUCGGCCGCCUCUGGCUCGGGGUCCUCGGGCACCAGGUCCUCGGGCUCCGGCUCCGGCUCCAACGGCUGCAGCUCCUCUGGCACCAGYGGCACCAGCAGCAGCCAGGGCAGCCACACCAGCAAGUACUUCGGCAGCAUAGACUCCUCGGAGAACGACCACUCCCGUAAGCAGCCAGCAGGGGGCAGCGGAGGAGGAGGAGGAGGUGGAGGCGGAGAGGAGCAGUUCAUCAAGUGCGUCCUGCAGGACCCCAUCUGGCUGCUGAUGGCCAACACAGACGACAAGGUCAUGAUGACGUAUCAACUUCCUGUCAGGGACCUGGAGACAGUGCUGCAGGAGGACCGCGAGGCCCUGAGGAACCUGCAGAAGCACCAGCCUCGCUUCACAGACGACCAGAAGAAGGAGCUGAGCCAAGUUCAUCCCUGGAUCCGGACGGGACGCCUGCCGCGAGCCAUCAACAUCCCUGGUUGCACAGGCUGCAAGUGUCCCCCUUCCGUGCCCCCCGCCACGCCGUUCGACGUGGAGAUCCACGAGAUGGAGCUGUGCACCGUGCUGAAGGCUCAGGAAGACUGCGCCACUCCAGCUGAGGGGAACCUCACCGAGACAACCAUGGCUGACGUCCAGCCAGAGGACGAAGACGAGGAGGAGGAGGAGGAGGCGCUAAAGAAAACGACACAAAACGACGACGGAGACACGAUGGUGGGGAAGCAGAGCCCAGCCUCAGAGACCGUCAAAGAAAAAGCAGAGACUUAAAUUGGAGAAGGAAAAACGCACUUUCCAGGACUCUGAGCUCGUAGUGGCGAUGUGAGAAAAACGAGCUCCGCUGGGACUUUCAGGUGCAGAACAUGUUGUUUUAUCUGCAUUUAAAAACACUCAGUUUUAGAGAGUGAAUUAGUUCUUUCUUCCCUCGUUCAUAUAUUUAUUAAAAAUGUUGAAAAAUCGUUGCAGGAAUGAGAACGAGUUGGAAGAUUAAAGGUUUCAUCCCUCUUUAGAGAAGCUCUUUGACUUCUCUUCAUGUAGAUUGUUUUCGUUAUCCUGCUCUCACUUAACUCCUGUAAAAUAAUUGUUUUUUUAAAUAAUAAAAAAAAAUCCAAAUAAAUAAAUAAAUAAGCUUUUACAUUAAAGUGUUCAGUAGAUGUCAGGUAAUUUUUAAGAAUGAUAUGUAUUUUUUUAUACUUUUAUCCCCUAAAAACAGGGAAAUAAAUGCCCCCAAAAAGAAUCUGCACUGUAAAACCUUUUUUAUUUAAUUUUUUUUUCUUUUUUUAAAUUCGAAACGAUCAUGAUAAUCUCGUGAACAGAAAAUGUAUUUUUGACACUGGAGUUUCAGUUGACGUACGCUUUGUGUGGCACUUUAUGUCUCUCUGCAAUGAGCCGUCAAUCAACUGUAGAAAAGAAAAACUUUGUAGAAAGCAUCACAAGCAGUAUUUUAUUUUAUUUUAUUUUUAAGUUGUCACAGUCAGUGGAGAAAACUUUUGGGUUGCCUGAGUUCACUCGUGGGGUUAAACGGUGGACGCUACAUGAUUUCGAAAAGCCGUGAAAAAAAAAUCAAGAAACUGGUCAUUAUCUCCUUCUCUCACACUUUCCUGUCUGUGGCACUGAUCUGCUCGUGAUGUCCUCAGCUUACAUGGCGUCUGUUUCUACAUGUUUCUUAAUAUUUCUUUUUGUGAAGUUCUUUGUACAAAAAUAAAAGAAAACGAUGACAAUAAAAAUGUCUUGAAAAGGCCUUAAAAACACAAA